AAGACUCGCGGAAGUCUGACCAAGUAACCCACGUUUUCAACAACAAACUGAUAGGCCUACAUUAAAUCCUACAAUGAAUGAAUGCUCUCCCUAAAUUGAGUGUUCUUUUUCAACUUGCAAUCUGCUCAACCAGAAAUAACGAGUUUUAUUAUCGACUAAGUGUGCUUCUUAUCAGCCAUGACAAGAGAAGGGCGGCGAACAAGUGAGUCUACGGUGGCUUGAUUUGCCACUUUGACAUUGCAAUCACGUUGCUGUCCCAUUGCCAGUUCGAUGGCACUUAGCUUUUCAGUUGAGAUACAUAAACUGCUAUACUGGUCCCGUUUACAAUGUCAGAAGCUUUAGACCACCAAAAGCGCUUUCAGACCGCUGUCGACGUUAUUCAUAAUUUGCCGAAACAUGGUUCCUAUCGGCCCUCCUAUAAGGUGAUGCUUAAUUUCUACAGCCUCUACAAGCAGGCCAUGUGUGGCCCCUGUAACAUACCCCGGCCAGGCUUCUGGGACCCAGUGGGGCGCUACAAAUGGGAUGUUUGGAACCGGUUAGGAGAGAUGAAGAGUGAAAAGGCCAUGGCUGAGUAUGUGGAAGAGAUGAAGAAAGUAGCUCAACAGGUUAUUGAUACCAUCCCUAUGAAUGAAAAGACGGCAUCACUGUUUCACCAUUUUGAGCCUCUAUACGUUGUUAUCCAUGACAUGCCCAGACCACCAGUGUCACUGCUGAGUAUGAUUGAAGAAGCUGGGGAUGGCAAGAGCUCUAAAGAGAACCCCAGCUUCCAGGGUCCAGAUGUGGACCAGGAGACCUGUCAGACACCAGAGGUCACCUCCACCAGUCAGCCCCAGGAUAUAUUGCAGUAUGAGGGGGUGGUGUUGACCAGUGACUCGGAGAGUGAGAUCUUCUGUGACUCUGUGGAGCUGCUUGACAAUGUAAAGGUUGACAUCCCCAAAUCAAAUGGUCUUUACAGUGGCCAUCCCUCUUCAGGGCCGUCCUCAGUCGGAGAACAUCAGGAGUCGGCUGUUCCCCAGGCUACUCAGAUGGGGGCGGGGAAAGGUGGAGAAGGAGCGGAGGAUAGAAAGGCUCCGCCCAUCAGGAGAAGUCGAGCUGCUGGAAGGAAUGGAAUGCAACAUGGAUGGAGAGAACGUGGUGUUACCCCAGGCGGCCCAAGGCAGGUAGGCGCAGGGGGGGCAGAGUUUGGGGGCGGAGCUGGCAGAGGGGGAGGAGACGGGUCAGAGGGAGGAGCUGAGAGGCUGCAGGACGUUCUACUGCAGCAGCAGAUUGUGCUAGCCCUGCAGAGGCUCAGGGAGGAUAUGAGGAGCGUCAUGGACAGACUGGAGGUGGUGGAGAGACUGGCUGCAGCACAUUUUGAGAAUACUGAUUGGAGACCAUGCAUACAGCACAAUGCAGCCCCCAUCUCAGAGUCAGAGGGUGAGAAUUGGUGGCCAUUUGACGUGUCAGUUCGAACGCUAAUCCUAUUGUUGCUGUGGCCUGUCGUGGCUCAGGGCUUGGUGUUUCUCCUGAGGAGAGGGCAAAGAAAACACCACAUCCCGAUGUGACAGAAGCUUCAGAGUUCUGUCUUAAUGCAUGCACUGUUUGGUUGGACAUCAUUACACAGCGACCACCUUUCAUUUUGAGCACGCAGAGAUUUGUUCAUAUUUCAUGUUAUGUUGACAUUAUCAACUCAUCAGAUGCACAAAUCUAAUGCGGGGUACACACUAAAAUAUUUUCACUCUUAACAAUCCUCACACCAUGGAAAAAUCUGAUAAGAUAAAUUUGUAGAUAAUCGGGACCUUACCUAGGAUUGUCGGAAGGGGGAAAUCGGCCCAAAAUCAGCCCGAUUAUCUUGUGGUGUGUACUCGGCAUUACACAAUGUGGUAAAUCAAUGGACUAAACUAUGUGGCCUUAAUUAAGACCUUAAGUGUGGAAAUUCUGAUUGAGCUGUAUGUGAAUGCGUAGACUUACAAUUUGUAAGGGCAACACCUUAUAUGUUGAAAAAUAACUUUUCAAAGCUAUUGUUGUAUGAACAACUUCUGUGAAAUACUUCUGCUUGAUCUCAAUAAAAACCAUGGUGGUCACAAAAGCCAGAA